UCUGCAGUGUGUUAAAGACAGGUGAAAGGGGGAAAAAAACCCCACAAAAACAAAUGCGGCUUUUCCACGGUUGGGCUUUAUUUUUUCUGUUGUUCUCCUUUGAUGGGGGGGGAAGGAGGGGGCUGAGGUUGCCUUUCCUUGCUCACCCCCCACCCGGGCGCGGCCCCCACUAUCGGGGCACUGUGGGGCCAUGCAGGGCGAAGCAGGGCGAUGUGGGGAGAUGCCCACAGCUCCGCCGGGGGGGCCCGACGUGAACCGACCGCCGGACGGCUCAUGGGGGUUUCUCCCCACCCCGUUCCCCAUCCCUUUCCCGCUCCGUUUUGGGGGGUAAUUCUCCCCACCAAGGGCACAGGGAGAGGUGCGCGGCCGGGGUGGAAAUUUCCUGCCCAUCCACGGCCGCAAAACAAAAGGAGUUGGAGGCGCAGAACAGAACGGGUGGAGAUUUCAUGCCCUCCCCCCCCUCCAUUUUCUCCGUGCAUUUACCCCAAAACGAAACGAAAACGCCGCAGAUGCGGGGCAUUUUUUUGGUUUAUUUCGUUUUAACGAAAAAAGAAAAAAAAAAAAAACCCAGAGUAGAAACCGACGGGAUUAUUCCGUUGUUUAACGAAAAGCAAAGCCCCCGCUCGGCAUUUCGCUGCGGGGGGGUCACGGACGGUUCUCUUCCUGUUGAUCGCAGCCGGGCCGCUCCGGACGGACACCGGCCCCGAUCCUCCGCGCUGUGCUCCGCGGCUCCGGGAGCGGCCCCGCCGCUAUUCGCGGCCCCAUCGGAACGAACCAACCCCGACCCCAUCCGCAAUCUCCUUCCCGAAGAGACAAAUCCAAAAAAUCCACCUGAUUCAGCCCCAAAAUAUGUGUUUUUUUUUUUUCCUUCUCCUUUUUUCCCUCCUUUUACUUUUCUUUAUUAAUGCUUCCCCUAGAUAUAUUACAAUUUUUUUCCCCUAAAUAAACCAGCUUUCUCCUUGGAUUUAUCAUCCUCCUCCCCCAUAGACACCAGUUCUCCCCGCUCCGCACAGGUUCGGGCCGUGUGCCGGGGCCGUGCGCCUUGCCCCCGUCCCCGCGGUGCCAUUCCCGUGUCCCCCAGACCCACCCUCUCUCUCCCUUUCUCUCCCCCCCUUCUCUUCCUCCCAGGCUUUAGCAGUUUUAUCCCGAUGCGGGUGUCCUUCCUCUCUGUAAAAUCGUAAGUACCUCGAGGUGGGAGGAGUAAAUUCAGCCUGACACUGAGAGCGCUUUUGUUGAAACGGGAGAGACUCGCGGUGUCCCUACUUAAAUAUGACACAUGUGAGUAAUCUCUUCCUAUACAAUAUGGGAAUAGGCAAUUAGAUGCUCUUUCUGGAGGGCUGGCAGGGCGGGGGGGAGGCAGUAAAGCUUUGGGUUGAACGGUUGAUAUUAUUCUUACUAUGAUUAUAAUUAUUAUAGAUGGAGAGAUGUGAUCAAAAUAAUAAUAAUAAUAAUUUUCUCUGGGGUUGGAUCAACCCAGAAAUGAUAAUAAUUGACCCAAAGAGAAGCAGCGGGGAUGUCGGGAAUGAGGUCUGCUCCGUUAUGUAUAGGGAGAGGAAAAAAAGAAAGACAGGUAGAAAGAAAGAAAGAAAGAGCUAGGAGGGCGGUGGGAGAAGUAGUCGCGAUAGUGCUGCCCGCCCUCGGCUCUGUCGCGAUAGUUUCGUUAUGGGGGAGAAAGAAGGGAGCGGGGCCGCAUAUAAUUGCCGUGCGCGGCCGCGGUUGCUUCAAGCCGGGGCCCCUUCCUCCUUCCUGCUGAGCUCAUGGGGGUGCGGGGCUUUGUGUGAGCGCUUCUCCCCCCCAUUCGGCAGCGCCUGAAGCUUGGUUUCCAUGUUGAAAAUUAAUAACAAUUAUUCUAAUACGAAUAAAGUACAAAUUCCACUCCAGUGGGCUGAAAUGUCCUCGAAACGGAGCUGGGAGAACCUCCGGCCUCCUUCCAGUUCCCUGUCCCUAUGGGUGCGGUGCAUCCCCAGGGUCACGGUACAGGGGUACAAUGGAUGUGGGGGGGAGGGAGAGGGGGUUGUUGCCGUGACGUCACGCCGCCGCUGCGUGACGUCACGCGGCCGAAACGGGGGGACCCCCCAGAUGGCUUCGGGCCGCCCCGAGCGCUGCUCUCCCCGCAGGACGAUGGACAGGCCGCCCGCCCCGCCGCCCCCCAGCAGUGACCCCCGCGAUGCCCGCCGCCACGACCCCGAAGCGGAGCCCACGAGCGAGCCCGACAGCAGCCGCGGGGGCAUGGAGCCGCCGGCCGAGCCCCAGCUGCUGCUCAACGGGGCGGCCAAAGAGGCGGGCCGACCCUCCCCCGGGCCCCCCGCCGCCGCCGUGCCCGUCAUCGAGCUGGUGCGCCGGGGGGGCUCAUUGGACAUAAAAAGCCGAGAGGCGGCGGGGGAAGCGAUGCAGAGAGCGCCGGGCGCCGAGCCGUGCCGCGCCGCCGAAGCCGCCUGCGAAGCCCGCAUGGUGCAGCUGAGCCCCCCAGCGCUGCCGCUGCAGCCCCCCGGCAGGGCCAUGCUCUACAACCUGGGGCAACCGCUGGGCACCAUCGGCAGCGGGUUCUUCGGCGAGCCGGACUCCUUCUCCAUGUACGGCAGCAACCGGGUGAAGAGGAGACCGUCGCCCUACGAGAUGGAGAUCACCGACGGUCCUCACACGAAGGUGGUCCGCCGCAUUUUCACCAACAGCCGGGAGAGGUGGAGGCAACAGAACGUGAACGGAGCCUUCGCGGAGCUCCGCAAACUCAUCCCCACGCACCCGCCCGACAAAAAGCUGAGCAAGAAUGAGAUUUUGCGCCUGGCUAUGAAAUACAUCAACUUCCUGGCCAAGCUGCUCAACGACCAGGAGGAGGAAGGAAACCAAAGGGGUAAAGUGAACAAAGACUCGGGGAUAGUUCAGGAAGACCUCCUGCAGGACAUGCUGUCUCCGAACUCCAGCUGUGGAAGUUCUUUGGAUGGAGCAGCGAGCCCGGACAGCUUCACAGAGGAGCACGACACGCUCGACUCCAAGCACGCACGGAACCUGCACCAUGCCAUCCUCCCUGUCGAAGGCAGCGCGCAGCGGUGAUGACCCCAAAUCACUCCCCGAGCGCUCAGAGAAGGGUGGCGAGACCCAGGUGGGUGGGAUUUGGGACCUUCGGCUCCCCGUCUGCUCGGCCCAGGUUGGCAUGUUGGCCAACCGAAUGGGAUGGACGCUCGGUGUUUAGGUACAGGAUCGUACGAAGAAGAAAAGCGUUGAAGUCGUCUUCGUUGUACAUACUGACUCUGAGGAUGGGAGGGGAAUGCAGCCAGCACCCCUCCAACAUUCUGAGGGUUUUUUGGACCGCCUGAGGGUCACUUCUCAAGCAGUCUUGAGGCUGGGACGUGAGGAACGAAACACAGGGCUGUGGAGCACAAGCAACUGGUCCGAGCCAUGCUCCUGUUGACCAAGACCUUCUGACUGUAUCUUUUUAACGAGGUGAAAAAUACCCUCAGCAAAAGAACUAUUAAAAGGAUUGAGACUUUCUUUUUCCUAUCUCUCUCUCUCUCUCUUUUUUUUUUUUUUAAUUGUUUUUGUCCCCUUUCCUUUCCCUUCUACCUAAAGUUGGAUAGUUUGGGGUGUUGUAUUUAUGACGUGAGAUUCCUUCUGUUCAACGCCGUCAUGCAGUAUCCACUGAACAUAAAGGUACAUAGGGUGUUCUGUGCUCCCCACCACCCCCUGAGCCCCCUUCCCUGUGCUGUAACACAGCAGGUGAGAUCCUGCAGUGGUCUCCCUCAAGUUUCCCCAGAGGUUUCUGUAGGGCUGAGCUUCUCUCAAGGAAGAUGAAACUCAGAAUUGGUUAAGGAGAGAAAAGGUGACUAGCGAUGCCCUCCCCUUGAACCAGGGACUUUUUUUGAAUGAAAAAAAAGUGAAAGGAAUCAAUGAUGCAUCAACAGUUUGAGUGUACAUAGGGUUAUAAAAGGGUUUCAGUGGUAUGCUUUGAACUUUUUGGUUUUGUUGUGUGAAAGUAGUGGUGGUAGUGCACCCCUGCAAGCACCCACAGACUGGAUGCAAUUAGACAGCAGGAGGCCGUUGAUUGGCUGAGGCUGGUAGGAGCUACAGCCUUGUUGUAUCUCCUGGCCUGGGGUGAAUGCUAAGAGCACUGAUGGGAUCAUCCCGAGGUCUUAGGGGCUGCAGAGCUGGUUUGGGACCAAGUGUCAGUGCUCUGUGGUUCCUCUGUUUCUGGUUCCUUCAUGUGUAGAGGCUCCAAGGCAAAGAAAUUGUAGUGUUACACCACAACCCAAUGUCCUUCAUAAGGGAGAAAGCCUUUGGGCUUGGCUUUAGGGCCUCUUGUAAAUAAUAGGCUGAGACUUUUCUCAGCAUAGAGCAGGUGCAUUGGGUGGGAUGUACUCCCAGCCCAAGCCAGGGCUUUGAGCUCAGCCCCAAGUUGUCAGAAGCCAACAGCAUCCCCCAGUGUGUAGUGGGGAGAAGGAAGACAGUGCCCUCCUGUAUCCAGACCCUGCGUAAAGGGACAGCUUAAGCGAAGGAGUUACCAUGGGGCAGUGCUGAGCACGAGGGGCUGCUGUAGUCACUGGUGUCCCUGGGAAUGGGCACCUGGGUGGUGACCUGGGGGGGGGAGGAGAGAGGGGGGCCUCAUUCACUUUUUGUCAAACUAUUGCAAGAAAAAAGACCACCAACACUCUGAGAUUUUCCUCAUUCCCCAGAAUUCUGGUUUGUUUUGUUGUUUUUUUUUUUGUUUUUUUUUUUUUAAUUUCUCCCUUUUUGGUAGCUGAACAGUUGGCCAAUGGUACAACCUCCUCGGUCCCCACACGCACACCUGCCCAUAGCACGCUGCCGUCCUCCCGGGGUAUGUACAGUUGUCCUUUAAUCGUGAUUGAAUGGUACAUUUCCCCCAUCCACCCACCUUCCCCCCUGCCUGCUUCACGUCUCCGUGUGUGGAACAUCGCCCCGGUUCUGUUGGAACAGCACUGCUGCUCAGUGUCGUACCGUGUGAUUGAAUUCUCCCCCUGCCAUUAUUUUCUCUCCCAGCCCUGUCCCUCUCUCUGCCACCCUCCCUUUGGCUUUCUGCAUUUUUUCAGCAGAAACAAGGUAACCAGACCCGGUACCCUGACUCUCGACCCACUGUGGAUGUGCUAUUUAGAAAACACAUUUGUUG